CAAACACGCAAAAACCCUUCGUACAAACAGACCUCAUCCAAUCCCUUUGGAUCUUGUCACCCUGUUUAUCUAUCGCCUAAAUAGCUUAAGCUUCAGUCAUGGCAGCAGAGAGACAAUACCUUGCCGACACAAUAGCAAACGUGAAAAAGGUUCUUGCAGCGCAGUCGGAUGGGUCUGAAUCCGACGACUCAAUAGCCUACACAUCGAAUCGCGGUCGCAAGCUUAAGCGCAAGGCCCGCUUCGUCCACGAAGGAGCAUUGAACGAUGCGAAAGGACCGAGGGUCUAUAAGAAGGAGAUUGAGUUUUACGGUAAGCGGAGGAAGGUAAUUUACCAGAAGGAGCCUCUCCGGAAACGAAACGAGGAUUCGGAAUCAGAUGUUGAGGAAGAUAGCGAUGAUGAUACGACGAGUGUGUCCGAUGAUUUGGAUCCUUAUUCGGAGAUCAGGAUUGAUAAAAUCCUUGCACCAUGCGAAAACGCUGCAGAUUUACCGUCUCAUCCCUCCAUGUCCCACGUAUAUACUUCACGAACGCUAAACGACCUCCUCCAACAAUCACUCACGAAACUAUGCGAGGAACAAGCCCACACGACGAAGCUAAAGAAUUUGCUUACUGUUUUCCUGGGUGAUGACCCCUUUGUGAACUUGGAGAAGAUGCAAUGGCUAGACGAAGACUUUGCUGCGAUAGCUCGGGAACGCAGCGACAACCUUCUUCGGGAGCUGGGAGGGCCAUUACUGAGUGCCCGUGGGAGUAUCUCGAAUCCUACAACUACCGCCCCACCAUCUGCGCCGGCUCUAGUACCCCAAGUGCCCACCGCACCGGCGCCGGCUGCAUCAACCACUACGACCUCCCCAUCGAAACCAACAACAAACGGCGACCUCGCAACCGCCCCACCCAAAGACCCCAUACCCCCCACUACCACUAUUACAACCACCACCAUCACGACGACAACAACCGGAUCCCCCGCCUCCUCCGAGAACCCCCCGCCCCUCACGGCCACCACCGCCGCUGAAGACAUGGACUUGGAUCCGCCUCUCGCAGCCCCGCUAAAAACCGAGCCCUCCACCCCGCCCACACCCCCACCCCGGCGCAUGGCCACACGCUCGACCCAGAACUCCCACCCCACCACACCCCCCCCAAUCUCCCCCCACCAUCACCUGCAAGAGAUCGACCCCUGGUUCUUCCCGCCCACCUUCCGCGUCGACCCUGACUUUGGCCUUCCCGCACCCGAAGCCGCUGAGACGCGGCACCUCCUCUCAUCUGCCGUCCAGCACCAGGACGAGUUCCUGCGCGGCCUGAAUAAAGUCCGCGAAGGCCUCCUACGCGCUGAGAGGUUUAGGAAGUACGUUUGGGGGUGGUGUAGAGCUAUGGAGGGGACAAGGGAAUACCUUGCUGCGGGAGGAGGAGGAACGGAGGAAGGCGGUGUGGAUGCGGAGGUGGAGGCUGGCGCCACCUUAAGUGAUGGCGAGGACUAUUAUGAUCCUGUCGAAUGGGGUCUUGAGGAACCCCUGGAAAAAGGCAAAGAAGAGGAGGAGGAGAAUGGCGGGGAGGUGGUCAGUGCUGGGAAGAAGACUAGGGGGAGGAGGACUGUAGGCAAUUGA